CCUCUCCCUCCCGCAAGAUGUCUAAGCCUGCAGAUCACAUCAAGAGACCUAUGAACGCUUUCAUGGUCUGGUCAAGGGGGCAGAGGAGGAAGAUGGCCCAAGACAACCCCAAAAUGCAUAAUUCUGAGAUUAGUAAGAGACUGGGCGCCGAAUGGAAGUUACUUUCAGAGGCUGAAAAAAGACCAUACAUUGAUGAAGCCAAAAGGCUGAGAGCACAGCACAUGAAAGAGCACCCAGACUACAAGUACAGACCCAGGCGCAAGCCCAAGAAUCUCCUGAAGAAGGACAGGUACGUCUUUCCUUUGCCUUACCUUGGGGACACUGAUCACUUGAAGGCUGCAGGACUGUCUGUGUCUGCAACUGAUUCGCUGCUGAGCGCAUCGGAGAAAGCUAGGGCUUUCCUGCCCCCAUCAGCACCUUACUCCUUGCUUGACCCAAGUCAGUUUGGCUCCAGUGCUUUACAGAAGAUGACCGAGGUGCCGCACGCCCUGGCCACCACCACCUUGCCCUACGCAUCCACCUUGGGAUACCAAAAUGGGGCAUUUGGGAGUUUGAGUUGCCCAAGCCAGCACACACAUACCCAUCCAUCACCAACCAAUCCUGGCUACGUAGUUCCCUGUAACUGUACCGCUUGGUCCGCCUCUAGUUUACAACCACCCGUUGCUUACAUACUUUUCCCUGGGAUGACGAAGGGUGGGCUAGACCCCUACACUUCAGCACAUGCACCUGCAAUGUAAGCCAAAAAGAGAGAGCGAGAGAGAGAGAGAGAGAGAGAGAAUUAUCUAUGAACUUGAAUUCAACAUUGCAUGUUCAAUACACACAACAAAAACUGAAAUCCGAAAUGAUCAAAAAAUGCUGAGCCUGGAAGGGAUUCCAACAGAACUGUCAAAGAAUGAAUGAAUGAAUGAAUGAACAGUACUGAGAUAGAUUCCCUCGACUCCAGCACAAAGAGCCGCAAUGUAAGCCAAAAUAAUAUAAUACUAAAUAAAAAAAAAGACUGCCUCGGAUCUUAAAUUCUACAUUGCAUGUGACACUAAGGACUCCAAAAAAAAAAAAACUUUUCCCGAGUCUGAUGCAGACUCUUUAAGAAAUAUAAAAAAGGGAACUUUGACAUGGAUUUUAAAACAAGAAGCAUCUAUAAGCAUGACUUUUUUGGGGGAUAUGUUGCUCAAGGCAGGUUACAGAACUGUAAAAUUGUAUAUGUUCUCUUUUAAUCGCUGCCACUUUAAAAAAAAAGCAGCUUUGAUUUUAUUUAUUAUUAUGUAUAUUGAGUCUAUAAUACAAUGUUGUCUUUUUUUUGGGACCUGAACUCUUUAAGUCCUUAAAUUUACUUUGCACAACAUUUAAAAAAAAACCUGUAUUAAAUGUUACCAUCAAACAGUAAUAAGUAGCCAUUUUCCUAAUUUCAAAAGCAUUUUGAGAAAUAACGUUUAACAUUAUGAUAAGGGGGUAUUGUUUAUAUUUUAAAAGAAAAUGGACAGAGUAAGAAUAGAGUGUUUGCUUAUAUUAAAGAUAGUCCUCACUUUUUUUUUGUUCGUCCAGUGAAAUCGUUUAUGGUUUUAUUUUAGACAGAACUUCAGCUAUGAAGCAGCGUUGUAUUUUUUAAAAAAUGACAAUUUAAAUAUGUUAACGUAUGUCUUGAAAACAAGCUGUAUCCGGAAGGAUUUUACCUCGUACUCUGUUCAAUGGCUGAACAAAGACAAUGUUUUAAAUAAAGACAAACUGUCUACAAAUAUUUA